ACACUCUCCUCUGAUUGGGCUGGUCACGCGGUGGGGCGGGGUUGCGGUGGGCUGCUGAGGGGGACCCGGGUGGCGGGCGCCAGCGGCCGGAGGACGCCCGGCUGCGGGAGGCGGCUCCGCAGCGCCCAGGCAUACCAAAGAAAACGGCUUCUCGUCCUCCGUUUGGGAUCUGAUUUACAUCAUCUCUGAGCCCAUUUAAAAAAAAAAAAGGAAAAGGCAAAACCAAACCCACAGAGAACAUGUUGUGCGGAAGGACUUCCACUCCCUGGCUGUGCUGUUAACGCUAGCAAUCAGGAAGAGCCUUUGGGGGCUGCAGGAUCUCGCUAGUCUGAUGCUGCUGCUAAAGGUUUUGGUGCAGGGAGACAGAACUGCCGCCUCUUCCAUGCACUGAUCUCUUCACAUCUGCAUUUUGCUGCUGCUGUGCUCGUCUCACAGCCUCUCUCCAUGGACUGAUUUAUUUUCUUUGCCCUUUUUGUUGGGGGGGGGGAAAGGCGAGCAGAAAAUCCCGGCACCGCAUUGAGAGGAGGGCAGUUGCAUUUCUGCCUCGUGCUCCGGUGGAUCGGGUCUGAGGUUCAUCUGUUUUUGGGAACAGAAAACAUGACGUCGCCAGCAAAAUUCAAAAAGGAUAAGGAGAUCAUAGCCGAAUAUGACACUCAAGUUAAAGAGAUCCGUGCCCAGUUGGUAGAGCAGCUGAAAUGCCUUGACCAACAGUGUGAGCUUCGGGUCCAGUUACUGCAGGACUUGCAGGAUUUCUUCCGCAAGAAGGCAGAGAUUGAGAUGGAUUACUCAAGGAAUUUGGAGAAGUUGGCUGAGAGAUUCCUGGCUAAAACUAGGAGCACCAAAGACCAGCAAUUCAAGAAGGAUCAGAAUGUGCUGUCCCCAGUGAACUGCUGGAAUCUCCUGCUCAACCAGGUGAAGCGGGAGAGCAGGGACCACACCACGCUCAGUGACAUCUAUCUCAACAACAUCAUCCCGCGCUUCGUGCAGGUCAGCGAGGACUCGGGGCGCCUCUUCAAGAAGAGCAAGGAAGUGGGAUUGCAGCUCCAGGAGGACUUGAUGAAAGUCUUGAAUGAACUCUACACGGUUAUGAAGACCUACCAUAUGUACAAUGCUGACAGCAUCAGUGCUCAGAGCAAACUGAAAGAGGCGGAGAAGCAGGAGGAAAAGCAGAUUGGGAAGUCGGUGAAGCAAGAGGACAAGCAGACACCGCGCUCCCCUGACUCAACCUCCAACGUCAAGUUUGAGGAGAAGCAUGUUCGACGGAGCUCUGUCAAGAAAAUAGAGAAAAUGAAGGAGAAGCGCCAAGCAAAGUACACCGAAAACAGACUGAAGGCUAUUAAGGCAAGAAACGAGUAUCUGCUGGCUCUGGAAGCCACCAAUGCAUCUGUAUUCAAGUAUUACAUUCAUGACCUGUCUGAUCUCAUUGAUCAGUGCUGUGACCUGGGAUACCAUGCUAGCCUCAACAGAGCCCUCAGGACGUUCUUGUCUGCUGAGCUAAACCUGGAGCAGUCAAAGCACGAGGGUCUGGAUGCCAUAGAAAACGCCGUGGAGAACCUGGAUGCCAACAGUGAUAAGCAGCGCCUGAUGGAGAUGUACAACAACGUCUUCUGUCCACCCAUGAAGUUCGAGUUUCAGCCACACAUGGGUGACAUGGAGUCGCAGCUAUGUGCCCAGCAACCAGUCCAGGGGGAGUUAGUGCAGAGGUGCCAGCAAUUGCAGUCUAGAUUAUCGACGCUUAAGAUUGAAAAUGAAGAGGUGAAGAAGACCAUGGAAGCUACGCUCCAGACCAUCCAGGAUAUAGUCACGAUAGAGGACUUUGAUGUCUCGGACUGCUUUCAGUACAGCAACUCCAUGGAGUCUGUGAAAUCCACCGUCUCGGAAACAUUCAUGAGCAAACCCAGCAUUGCCAAGAGACGGGCCAACCAGCAGGAGACAGAGCAGUUCUACUUCACAAAAAUGAAGGAGUAUCUGGAGGGCAGGAACCUGAUAACGAAGCUCCAAGCCAAACACGACCUUCUUCAGAAGACCCUGGGAGAAAGUCAGCGGACUGACUGCUCCCUUGCCAGCGGCAGGCGCAGCUCCACCAUAAGGAAGCAGGAUUCCUCACAAGCCAUUCCCCUGGUCGUGGAGAGCUGCAUACGGUUCAUUAGCAGACACGGUUUGCAGCAUGAAGGAAUAUUCCGAGUGUCUGGGUCACAAGUUGAAGUGAAUGACAUAAAAAAUGCAUUUGAGAGAGGGGAAGAUCCAUUGGCUGGGGACCAGAAUGACCAUGACAUGGAUUCAAUAGCAGGAGUUCUGAAGCUCUAUUUUCGAGGGUUGGAGCACCCUCUCUUCCCCAAGGACAUCUUUCAUGAUCUGAUUGCCUGUGUCACAAUGGAUAAUCUACAAGAGCGAGCGCUCCACAUCCGGAAAGUGCUUCUGAACCUGCCGAAGACCACUCUGAUUGUAAUGAGAUACCUCUUUGCAUUCCUCAAUCAUUUAUCUCAGUUCAGUGAAGAGAACAUGAUGGAUCCCUACAAUUUAGCCAUCUGCUUUGGGCCAACGCUCAUGUCUGUGCCUGAAGGUCAUGAUCAAGUCUCUUGCCAAGCUCAUGUCAAUGAAUUGAUCAAAACCAUCAUCAUCCAACAUGAGAACAUCUUCCCGGGACCGAGGGAACUGGAGGGACCAGUAUAUAGCAGAGGUGGAAACACCGAGGAUUACUGUGAAAGCCCCCAUGGGGAGAGAGCCUCAACAGAAGACUCUGUUCAGGACGUUACGGCUGAGCACCACACCAGUGAUGAUGAGUGUGAGCCCAUAGAAGCGAUAGCGAAGUUCGACUACAUUGGCAGGACUGCACGAGAGCUGUCCUUUAAGAAAGGAGCUUCUCUCUUACUCUAUCAGCGGGCCUCAGAUGACUGGUGGGAGGGACGCCACAAUGGAAUUGACGGCCUUAUUCCUCAUCAGUAUAUCGUCGUUCAAGACACUGAGGAUGCUGCCUCUGAAAGAUCCAGUCCGAAGUCUGAGAUAGAAAUAAACUCUGAGCCACCGGAAGAGAAAGUGACGGCUCGAGCUGGUGCCAGUUGCCCAAGUGGGGGUCACGUCGCAGAUAUUUACCUUGCAAACAUCAACAAGCAAAGAAAGAAACCAGAGUCAGGCAGCAUCAGAAGAGCCUUCCGUCAAAGUGACAGCCAUGGACUAGGUAGCUCAAUGGCAGAACCAGCCUCCCCAGGAGCCAUAGCCGGUUCCAGACCCUCAUCUCAGCCCAUUAUGAGCCAAAGUCUUCCCAAGGAGGUUCCAGAUAAAUGCUCCAUCAGUGGCCAUGGCAGCCUCAAUUCUAUCAGCCGACACUCGUCUCUGAAGAACAGGAUAGACAGCCCCCAGAUCCGGAAAACUGUGACAGCAGGGAGGUCCAAGAGCUUCAACAACCAUCGGCCCAUGGACCCUGAAGUUAUUGCACAGGAUAUUGAAGCCACCAUGAACUCUGCUCUCAAUGAGCUGCGGGAGCUGGAGAGGCAAAGCAGCGUCAAGCACACGCCAGACGUUGUCCUCGACACCCUGGAGCCUUUGAAAACGUCUCCAGUGGUGGCCCCCACCUCGGAGCCCUCCAGCCCUCUGCACACUCAGAUCCUCAAGGACACUGAACCGGCUUUCCAGCGCAGCGCCAGCACCGCCGGCGACAUCCCCUGCACCUUCCGGCCCGUGAAGUCAGUGAAGAUGGCCACGCAGGUGAAGCCUCCGGCCACGCGGCCCAAGCCCACGGUAUUCCCUAAAACCAACGCCACGAGCCCCGGCGUUGCCUCCUCUGCACCUCAGCAGCCUGCUGACAAGUCCUGCACUGUCUGAGGAGCUCCACGCUGCUGCUCUGUGGGUACAGCUGUGUCGUUUCAGACAAUGAGACUCUGUUAAAGGACAUGAAACUUCCUAUGUAACUCCUGCUUUUGAACUGAAGGUUAGUUGUGAACUGCUCCUUCCUGCUGGGAGCGCUUCCUGGGAGUGAACUGAGUGGUAACAACCUCAUCCCAUGUACCCGCAUCAGUGAUGUCCGUCAGGCUGCGCUUCGGAAAUGCGGGAUCGGGUCACUGUGAAGCUGAGGAGGAAAAAAGACACACACAAAGUGAUGAGUUGGAUCUUGGUUUCUAGUUGAUGCCUUGUUCAAGUGUUUGGCCACUGAAAGGAAUACUCAGUGGCGUCCUGUUUUGAAUACUGGUGUAGUGACUUCUGUAUUCUGUGUUUCAUUUAUCACAGGAAGCAAUAGGAUAGAUUUUAGUCUACUGCAUGUUUUGGUGCCACUGGUUACGUGGAGCUUGGACAUGCCCCUUUCUUGUGCAUCCUUACUAUGAUUACGUCGCCCGCUGGUGCCACGAUGGUUUAGGGUCUCUCUCAACAUCCAUCCCAUCCUCGGGUUUUCUUUGUUUGCUCCCCCAGGGCCAGGGCUCUUGGCCAUCCUGCCUCAUACUUUAGUUGAUGCUUGCCAUGAAGAAUAGUUCACUCUGGAGCACUCUUAGGUUUUGUGGAGUUCUGCGUAAUCUGUGUCUGUGCAAAUACAAACUAACAUGUUCCUAAGGUUUAGGAGCAGAAGAAAGAACCCAGUUGUUGCUUAUGGACAGUGUAGCUGUUUCCCCCCCCCUUUGCUCUCCCAUAUUUAAACCCAGCUCUACUGUUUCUGAGUGUAAUUUUCAGCCCGUAGGCUACGGUGUGGUGUGUGGUCUCGGGAGACUGAAUGUACAAACAAGUUAACUUUUGGAAA